UUUCAAACCAAAAAAUUACAUGACCAAACCCUCCAGCACUACUUAUUAUUCCACACAAUCUGUUAAGUUUCCAAGGCUUCAUUAAGCUGCCAUGUAGUGACAUCCAUGUGCCUUCCCUUUAACGUCAUCAUUUUUUUGUCUAAACAUUGAACUUGCAUAUCUUCCUAGGAAAAUGCUUGCCCAUUAGAGAGAACCCAAACCAGCCUUGUACAAUGUAAGGAUUUGAAAGAUGUCUCCUGCAUGCAUGUUUUAGCUCUCCAAAUAGGCAAAAUAACGUCGCUCCAACUACUCAUGGCUUUAGGUCAAUGAUAUUAGAAGUAUUUUUAAAAUUAUAAAAUUUCGAGUUCGAGUUUGACUUUUGGCUCCAGCUCCUGAGUGAAAGUCAAAAUUGUUCAUCUGUUAUAUCCUAAAUGGUUAAAAUGUCUUGACCACUUCUGUCCUUUCACUAUAUCGUAAGUUUUAUCAACAUUCAGUAUAUUUACUUUGCAUAACAUACAGGAGAAUAUAGCAAAUAUACCAUGGAGAAGAUAGUGCUUGUAAUAUUGAUCUCAAUGGUUGCACUUCUAUCAUACUCCCGCUAUGCUAUCGCGGUGCAACGCUGCGGGGAUUGUGGCCGCACUUUGGUGCCAUAUCCCCUGAGUAUUGCACCAGAUUGUGGUGACCAAAGGUACAAGAUUCGGUGCACUGCAGGCACACUAUGGUUCGAUUCUUUAAAUGGAUCAUCCUACAUGAUCACAUCCAUUAACCCAUUAAUGCGACGCAUAAUCAUUCGACCAGCAAGUUUAGAUAGCAAAACUUGCAUAUCCAGUGAUUUUCGAAGCCAAGGAAUCCAGCUAAGUGACAAUCUUCCCUUCAAUAUUUCUGGCAGUAACACUAUUUUGUUACUUAAUUGUACAGAUGCAAUGUUGCAUUUGCAACCACCUAUGGAUUGUUCAGCUACUAGCAUUUGUCAUGACUAUAUUAAGGACAGUGCACCUACCUGUGUGAGUGCGCCAUUGUGUUGUACGUUCAAGACUGGUUGGUUUCAAAGUACUCGUGAGAUUAAGGUUCAUGGUGGAUGGUGCGCUGCAUAUCAGAGUUUUGUGAACUUGGAUGUGAAGAAACUGGCUCCGAAGAAGUGGCCAGAGUCUGGAGUGGAGAUAGAAUGGGCCUUGCCUCAGGAGCCAGUUUGCAAGAUUCCUUUGGACUGCAGAGACUUGUUGUACUCCAAAUGCUUGCCAGAUACGAUAAACUUGGGACAGAAGAGGUGCUUUUGUGAUGCUGGAUUUAAGUGGGAUCCCAUCAAUGGAUUGUGUCCAAAUUUGAAGUGUUUCCCUGGGAAAGCUUGCAAAAAGAGAAAGAAAAAGACUGCACUCUUUGCUGGUGUGGCCCUUGCCGGGGGAGUAAUCCUACUUCUAGUCGUAAUUGGGAUUCUGUUCUACAGCAAACUUCACAACUCAAGAAAAGCACAAAAGAAUUUGAUCAAAGAAAGGAAGGAGAUGUUAAAUGCCAAACAUAGCGGCAAAUCGGCCAGGAUUUUCACAGGCAAAGAGAUAAUAAAAGCAACCAACAACUUCUCCAAAGACAAUCUCGUUGGGUCUGGUGGAUUUGGUGAGGUCUUCAAGGGCAUUCUUGAUGAUGGAACCACAAUAGCCACCAAGAGAGCUAAGUUGGGAAAUACCAAAGGCACCGAUCAAGUCCUUAACGAGGUUCGAAUUCUUUGCCAGGUGAAUCACAGGAGUCUUGUAAGACUUCUGGGCUGCUGCGUUGAGCUUGAGCAGCCUAUCAUGAUUUAUGAGUAUAUCCCCAACGGAACCCUCUUUGAUCAGCUUCAUUGUCACCAUUCCAGUAAGUGGACGCCUCUUACAUGGCAACGCAGGCUACGAAUUGCCCAUCAAACUGCCGAAGGUCUAGCAUAUCUCCACUCUGCUGCUGUGCCUCCUAUUUAUCAUCGUGAUGUAAAAUCCAGCAACAUUUUACUUGACGAAAGGCUAAAUGCCAAAGUUUCUGAUUUCGGGCUCUCCAGGCUAGUGGAGACAAGUGAAAACAACGAUAGCCAUAUAUUCACUUGUGCACAGGGGACCCUUGGUUAUCUUGACCCUGAAUAUUACCGUAACUUUCAGUUGACAGAUAAGAGUGAUGUUUAUAGUUUUGGAGUUGUUUUGUUGGAGAUGCUGACUUCUAAGAAGGCCAUUGAUUUUAACAGAGAAGAAGAAGAUGUUAACUUGGUGGUUUAUAUGAAGAAGAUAAUGGACGAAGACAGAUUGAUAGAUGUUGUUGAUCCAUUUAUCAAGGACAAUCGAAGCAAGUUGGAGUUGGAGAUGAUGAAAGCAUUGGGUUCUCUGGCAGCGGCUUGUCUGGAUGAUAAAAGGCAGAAUCGACCUUCAAUGAAAGAAGUUGCAGAUGAAAUCGAGUAUAUUAUUGGUAUUACUGCAGGAACGGGUUCUAAAUCAUAGUUGUAUGUGGUAUUAAUGGCAUAGCCAUGAAUAAGUGCUGCAAUGAAUUUUGGUAACACUACUGGUUUCUUCUUUUUCACUUGUAUUGCUUUGAUCCAAGUUUAAAUUUUACACUUACAAUAGACUACUCAAUAUCAA